CCUCAGAGGACUGUUUUGGCCGCGCUCGGCCGCCGUAGCGAUGGGAGACAACAUGUCGAAGCGGCUGAAGCUCAUUUCCUCAGACGCGGAGAUGGAGGAGCGCUCUUUCCCGAACCCCUACCCGGACUGGGACCAGGGCGUCCUGUCAGCCGCCUCCGGAGCAGACGCGGACUACCAGGAGCCGUUUGACGCCGACGGGAAGAUCAGCGCCUCGUUCCAGAGGAAGGUCCAGAGCAAGAUCAAGGACCUGCUGCAGCAGAUGGAGGAGGGGCUGAAGACCGCCGACCCCCACGACUUCUCCACCUACACCGGCUGGACAGGCAUCGCCCUCCUGUACCUCCAGCUGCACCGCGUCACCCAGGAGCCGUCCCACCUGCAGAGGGCGCUGGACCACGUCAAGAGAGCCAUGAGGGUCCUGAACGGCCGCAAGGUCUCCUUCCUGUGCGGCGACGCCGGGCCGCUGGCCGUGGGCGCCGUGGUGCACCACCGGCUCAACAACGCCGCCGACCGCCAGGACUGUCUGGCCAGGCUGCUGCAGCUGCAGCGCCCCGUCCUCAGCUCAGACGCCGACAUGCCGGACGAGCUGCUGUACGGCCGCUCCGGCUUCCUGUUCGCUCUGCUCUACGUCAACAAGGAGGUCGGCGGCGACGCCGUGGAGGAGGACACCGUCACCAAGGUGGUGUCGGCCAUCGUGGAGUCGGGGAAGAACCUGUCGGCGGAGCAGAAGAAGACGGAGCGCUGCCCCCUGCUGUUCGAGUGGCACAGGAAGCAGUACCUGGGCGCCGCCCACGGCCUGGCGGGGAUCUACUACAUGCUGAUGCAGCCCGGAGCCCGGCUGCCCCCCGACCUGCUGUCCGAGCUGCUGCGGCCCUGCAUCGACUACGUUCGCCACAAGAGGUUCCGCUCGGGGAACUUCCCGUCGUCCCUGAGCAACGAGAGCGACCGGCUGGUGCACUGGUGCCACGGAGCGCCGGGCGUCGUGCACACGCUGCUGCUGGCCCACAAGGUCUUUAAGGAGGAGAAGUACCUGAAGGAGGCGGCGGACUGCGGGGAGGUCAUCUGGCAGCGGGGGGCUCUCCGGAAAGGCUACGGCAUCUGCCACGGCACCGCCGGCAACGGCUACGCCUUCCUCAGCCUCUACAAGGCCACCCAGGACAGGAAGUACCUGUACCGCGCCUGCAAGUUUGCCGAGUGGUGUCUGGACUACGGGAAGCACGGCUGCAGGAUCCCGGACAGACCCUACUCUCUGUUCGAAGGCAUGGCCGGCACCAUCUACUACCUGUCAGAGUUGGCCGAUCCUCAAGCUUCCUGUUUCCCUGCGUUUGAACUCUGACCUGCCGAGGAGGAGGAGCCUUGACCUUUGCCCUCAGGCUGGAUCAGUGAUCGGAUCGAACUGGACACAGAAACUGAACGAAUUGGUUCUGAACCACGUCGGAGCGCCACACACUCCGAGCCUUUCCUCCCGCUGU